UUCUCUGUUUCAGCUUUUUGUCAACAAGAGCAAAAUAAAGAAAAUGCAAUCGCCCAACGGAAAUCAGAUGGCCGGGAAUGACUCCUCGCAGCCCGUUAACCGCCGAAUCGAACGGCUCUCUUUGCACCUGAAUCCUGUGCCCCGUCCUCUGGCGUUGGAAUCUGGCGAUGCUGAUCAUCUGCUACAGAUGGUGGUCUGCGCCAGAACGAAGAAGCUGGAGGUGAACAAGGAACAACUGUCGAGUUACAUGAGAGGCAAGCACCGGGAGAUUCAAGACAAGGUAUUCGAGUUCUUCAACUCCAGGCCUGAUUUGCAGACCCCGAUAGAGAUAUCGAAAGACGAGCACCGAGAGCUUUGCAUGAGGCAGCUUUUUGGACUCGUAAGAGAAGCUGGAAUUAGGCCCUUUAGAUAUAUUGUUGAGGAUCCUGCCAAGUAUUUCGCCAUUCUCGAAGCUGUUGGGAGCGUAGAUAUGUCGCUUGGGAUAAAAAUGGGUGUGCAAUACAGUCUUUGGGGAGGCACUGUGCUCAAUUUAGGAACCAAGAAACAUAGGGAUAAGUACUUUGAUGGUAUUGACAGUUUGGAAUAUCCUGGUUGUUUUGCCAUGACAGAACUCCAUCAUGGCUCGAAUGUUCAAGGCCUCCAGACAAUUGCGACAUUUGACCCUAUUUCAGAUGAAUUCAUAAUUGACACACCCAAUGAUGGGGCCAUCAAGUGGUGGAUUGGCAAUGCUGCAGUUCAUGGAAAGUUUGCCACUGUGUUUGCAAAGCUCAUCUUGCCAACUCAUGACUCGAAAGGAGUGUCUGAUAUGGGUGUUCACGCCUUCAUUGUUCCAAUAAGAGAUUUGAAGACACAUGAGACACUUCCAGGAAUUGAAAUACAUGAUUGCGGCCAUAAGGUUGGUCUGAAUGGAGUAGAUAAUGGAGCACUGAGAUUCCGUUCAGUUAGAAUUCCCCGAGAUAAUCUUCUUAAUCGAUUUGGAGAUGUCUCUCGAGAUGGAAAAUAUGUAAGUAGCCUCCCGACAAUCAACAAACGGUUUGCUGCUACCCUAGGGGAACUUGUAGGUGGGAGGGUUGGCCUUGCAUAUGCAUCAGUUGGUGUCCUGAAGAUUGCUGGUACAAUUGCCAUCCGGUAUUCUUUACUUCGCCAACAAUUUGGUCCUCCCAAGCAGCCGGAAGUUAGUAUUCUUGAUUAUCAGUCUCAACAGCACAAGCUAAUGCCAAUGUUAGCAUCAACAUAUGCAUUCCAUUUUGCCACCAAGUAUUUGGUGGAGAAAUAUUCAGAAAUGAAGAAGACUCAUGAUGAUCAGUUGGUUGGAGAUGUUCAUGCCCUUUCAGCAGGCCUCAAGUCUUAUGUGACAUCUUAUACGGCCAAGUCCUUGAGCAUCUGCAGGGAAGCAUGUGGAGGACAUGGGUAUGCAGCUGUGAACCGCUUUGGUACCUUGAGGAAUGAUCAUGACAUCUUCCAGACGUUUGAAGGGGACAAUACUGUGCUUCUGCAACAGGUAGCGGCUGAUUUAUUGAAGCAGUACAAGGAGAAGUUCCAAGGUGGAACUCUGGCAGUUACUUGGAACUACCUGCGGGAAUCCAUGAGUGCAUACUUGUCUCAGCCGAAUCCUGUAACUGCUCGAUGGGAAGGUGAAGACCAUUUACGAGAUCCUACAUUCCAGUUGGAUGCUUUCAGAUACCGAACAUCACGAUUACUUCAGAGUGUGGCAGUGAGACUACGAAAGCACUCUAAAACUCUUGGGAGCUUUGGUGCUUGGAAUAGGUGCUUGAAUCACCUUCUCACACUUGCAGAAUCUCAUAUCGAGUCUGUCAUUCUUGCAAAGUUCAUUGAAGCUGUCCAGAACUGUCCUGAUGCCAGUGCACAAGCUGCCCUAAAAUUAGUUUGUGAUCUAUAUGCAUUGGAUCACAUCUGGAAUGACAUAGGAACUUACCGAAAUGUAGACUACGUUGCACCGAACAAAGCAAAGGCAAUCCACAAGCUGACGGAAUACCUUAGUUUCCAAGUGAGAAAUAUUGCAAGGGAAUUGGUGGACGGAUUUGAUCUUCCAGAUCAUGUUACACGGGCUCCAAUAGCCAUGCAGUCAGAAGCUUAUGCCCAGUACACACAGUACGUUGGAUUCUAAAGAAGCAAAAUGCAAUGAAGGAUUAUUUUUUAAACAUUUUGGAGGAAGUUAGAUCAUUCUUUCCCUUCGUGGGUAAAAAAAGCUUGCCAAACAGGAAAAUAAUGUACCCCUCCUGAAUCAAAAGAAAUAAUGUCAUACAUCAACAAGAUCUUGUUAUACACAGUUUAUAAUAUUUGUCAA